AUGACGUCUGACAUUAUUGCUAGUAUGAUAGUUAAUUUGGUACGAGCGAAGCCAGACAUGGUUGCUAAUGAUGUUGUUGUGGAUAUGAAGCUGAAUUAUGGAGUCGACAUUAGCUAUUAUGUGGCUUGGAGGUCUGUCACGGCAGGGAAGCAACAUGUUUUUGGUGAUGAUACUAGUUCAUACUCACACUUACCGUCGUACUUCGAAGAACUUGGUCGUACCAAUCCGGAUAGCGUUUACAAUCUUGACAUCGAUGCAGAUACGAUGAAGUUUCGACGUUGUUUUUUUGCUUUUGGUGCAUGCUUGUCGGGUUUUAAGUCAUGUCGACCGUCACUCUCCCUGGAUGGAACAUUUCUGCACAACAAACACAAGGGCAUUUUGUUAACUGCAAUUGGGCAAGAUGGUCAUAAUAAAUUGUACCCAGUUGCAUUUGGCAUAGUUAGUGAAGAAUCUGAUAGCAAUUGGGCUUACUUUCUUACUCAUUUGAGGGUUUGCAUUGGCACGGAUCGUGUGGUGACGUUUUUCUCGGAUCGCAAUCACGGUAUUUUGGAUGGGGUGAAAAAUAUAUUCCCUGAUUGUCUUCAUAUAUACUGUUUGUAUCACUUGCAAUUAAAUUUGUCAAGUAAAUGUAGAGGUUGUCCAUCUGGUUUUCGAAAGAAGAUGGCUCAUUUGUUUAAUGCUUGUGCCUACGCUCCUACGAAAUCUGAGUUUGAUGUGCAUAUAAAUGAGUUUAUAGAAACUGGAGGUACAAGGAUUAGAAAUUUUCUAGCAGACCUUCCGUAUAACAACUGGACUUGUGCACAUUUUGAGGGGAAUAGAUAUGGGCAGAUGGCAUCUAGUGUUGCAGAAUCGUGGAAUAUGAAGAUUGGCGGCAUUCGUGGCCUGCCUAUAACAGAUGUGGUUGAUGGUGUUGUUAAUAAACUAGUACAUGACAGUAGAGUUUUGACAACAAAGAGGGCAUCGGAGUACAUUUACGAGGUGCUUAGUAAUCCAACAGAUGUUGUUGACAUUCGCAACAGGUCGUGCACGUGUAGAGCGUGGCAAGUCAAUGGUUUGCCGUGUAUACAUGCUGCGUGUGUUCCGUUCCAUAACAAUAAUGAUGGUUAUGCAUAUGUUGACUACUAUUACACGGUUGAGUGUUAUAAAACCACGUAUUCGCACAGUAUUUAUCCAUUUGUCAAGCCAGAUUUUGAUGGUGAUUUGCAUUUGGUUGGACCUGCAGAUUAUCAUAUUCGGCGUGGCAGACCGAAGGUGAAAACCCCACCCAAAUUCUAA